UUGCCCAGUGCGCGGCUCCAGUCUUGCAAGAUGCAUCUGACUCAGGAUCAGCCCAGAAGCCGCCGUGCGCCCUGCACGGUCGCCGUGGCUCUGGGGCUGCUGUGGGGGACCGGAGGCUUUGCAGGGGGGCUUCCUAUGCCGGGGCCGAGCCCUCCACCCCUCCGCGAGGAUCCAGAAAACAAAAGCCGGUGUGUUCUCUCCCCAUCGUCGGAAUUCCCUGAUGGGUUUUUCACUCCACAAGAACGAGUCGAAGGCGGCAUCGUGAUCUAUUUCAUCAUCAUUUUUUACAUGUUCCUGGCAGUGUCCAUUGUCUGUGAUGACUACUUCCUCCCAGCUUUGGAGAUGAUCAGUCACACUCUUGGUCUCUCUCAGGAUGUUGCAGGAGCAACCUUCAUGGCAGCUGGCAGUUCUGCCCCCGAAUUAGUCACCGCUUUUCUCGGUGUUUUUGUCACAAAGGGAGACAUUGGAGUCAGCACCAUCCUUGGCUCCGCCAUCUACAAUCUUCUUGGUAUCUGUGCAGCCUGUGGACUCUUAUCUGGCAUGGUUUCACACCUGUCUUGCUGGCCAUUGUUCAGAGAUUGCUUGGCUUACAUUAUUAGUGCUGGGGCAGUUCUUGCCAUGAUUGUCGACAACCAAGUUUAUUGGUAUGAAUGUGCUUCGCUCCUGUUAAUAUAUGGAGUCUAUAUUUUAGUACUCUGCUUUGACAUUAAAAUCAACCAAUAUUUCAUGAGCAAGUUUAGUCCUUGCUGCACCUGUUUACUGGUGACUACAGAAGAGGCUGAAGACCAGCCACUGUCUAGAUGGAGGGACGAGACGCAACCUCUAGUUCGGCGACAAUCAAGACCUGACGACAUUUUCUAUGAGUCUGAUUACACUCAACUUUCAGCAAGCUUACACGGAUUCGAUACCAUUUCUGAAGAUCCUCCAAGCGUAUUUACCAUGCCUGAAGCAGAUCUGAAGAGAAUCCUGUGGGUGCUCGCCCUUCCCAUCAUUACUGUGCUAUAUCUGACAAUUCCAGACUGCAGGAAAACUUUUUGGAAAAAAUGGUUCAUGCUUGCCUUCUUCAUGUCGGCAGUGUGGAUUUCUGCUUUUACGUACAUUCUGGUAUGGAUGGUGACCAUAGUGGGGGAAACCCUGCAUAUUCCUGAAACUAUAAUGGGCCUUACGCUACUAGCAGCUGGAACCAGCAUUCCAGACACCAUUGCUAGUGUUCUUGUGGCUAAAAGAGGGAAAGGAGAUAUGGCCAUGUCGAACAUUGUAGGAUCCAAUGUGUUUGAUUUGUUGUGUUUGGGAUUACCUUGGUUUAUAAAAACCGCCUUGGUUGACCCAUCUGGUCCUGCGCCAGUGAACAGCACUGGACUGACUUAUACCGCCAUUUCUCUCAUUUGCUCCGUUGCUUUUAUAUUUCUGGCUAUUCAUCUGAAUGGUUGGAAAUUAGACAAAAAGCUAGGAGCCAUUUCCCUUCUGAUGUACUUAGCCUUUGUCACAUUAUCAAUUCUGUAUGAACUUGGAAUCAUAGGGAACAAUCCUAUAAAGAAUUGUGGCAACUAAUUAGUUUGGCUUCUGGUUUUGUAUAAAUUCACGAGAAUGGAAGAUAUAGAUAAGGAACUGAAAGACCAGUCUCUUUGUUUCACCAAGAAAUAAAAACUCCAACAUCUCCGUGGGCUGCAAAAUUAUUUAGAGGAAAAAUCCACAUCAUGACAUUUAGAAGAAAAAGAAAACCACAGUUAAUGCUGAAUGCGAUCAGGAAUUAAUAAGAGCAGCAACAACUAUCAAAGCUUGUAAAACAAAUGGAUGAGAAGAGAAAUGAAAAACCCGCAGGCUUUACAAUCGCAAGACAGGCAAAGCUGACAAAAAACAAAUUUCACUAUACAGACUUUUAUUAAACAGAGAAAAUGGCUUGUUUUAUUAAAAACAGUAGAACCAUUCAUUUAAACUGAAUGACUAGAAACACUUAGCAUGAUUUUUAAAGAGGCAUGAAACGGCCACAACUUCUGAGUACAAGAGAAGAUGGGGCGGCUUAGGCCACUGAACAAGUCAGGAAAGUUUCUCUUAAAAAUCAAAAUGUAGUAAGAAUUAACAAGUUCACACAGUAUAUUAAACACUAUACUGUUAAAGGCUGAGUGGGUGGGGGUGAAGGGUGGUUUUAAAAGUAUCGUUUCUUCAACUCAAAGCAGACAGUGUUACUAAAAAUGAUUUACUGGGAACGGGGAAAAA